UCUACGUUGAGAUAAGUUCGCAUAUAUUAUAUUUGAAUUUAUAUUAUGGCUCAAAUGUAUCGUUUAUCGCGUCAAAUCCUGAAAGGGUUAAACGCUAAUUAAAGAAACAGGAGUGCUGCGUUUUCCAGAGUCAACACGUAGGUUAAGCUAGUUAGGUAAGUUAGUGUGUGUGGUUUACGUGGUGUCAAAAACAAAGUUGAACAGUAGUUAAACUAAUUGUGAACGAAAUAGCAAAAACUGUACGUUAAUAGCUGUAUAAACUGGAUUGGGUCGUGAUAUAGCUACUAGCGAGCACUGGCAGCUAAAGAAGCGUUAGCUAGCUAGCUAUCUAACGUUAGUCAGGUUUAACUAAGCUAGUUAAGCUAUAGCUAACUACUUAACUAGCUAACGUUGAGUUAGAAAAUAAUAGCUAGCGAAUACAUCGACAAUGUCCACCAAUACUUCAAUACAUUGCAUAACAACUUCUACAGAGGAGGGACGAGGCCUGAUGGAGGAGCGGACCCAGGAGCUCGAUUUUGAGAAAAUGGAGCUGGUUGUUGUCACGCAUGUUGUGGAUGCCAUCACUUUCUGGGCUCAGAAUGUGACUGAAGACAAAACAACAGAGACAAUAGAUACCAUCCUCUCAGAAAAAUGUCCUACUGCUGUUAGAGUGACGGGAAAGCCCAGCCCACAGAAGUUUUAUGGAGCAUGUUUCUCAGAGGACAGAUGCUGGUACAGGUGCAAAGUGCAACAGCAGGUGGACGACAAGUUCCAGGUGUCAUAUGUUGAUUAUGGGAAUACGGAGGUUGUAGACAGAUCUGAUCUAGCUGAACUUCCAGAAGACUUGCAGAUGCCUGCCCUUGCCAAAAAGUACAAGUUCUGGGGCUUUCAUCUGUCAAGUGAGCAGGAUUCUCCUAAUUAUUCACAGGGGAAGUCCUUCCUUCAGAACCUCAUAUAUGGAAAGAAGUUACGAAUAAAUAAGAAGUCUGUGUGCUUCGACGGAACUAUCUUAGUCCAGGCGUUUCAGGGCAAUCAUGACAUUGGUGAAGAGGUGUUGAAAUUUAAAUUUGCUAGAGUGAGCCUCCCGGGUAACAGAGAGAACCCCUUUCCAGCUAAAGCCCUCCAGAAACAGACUGGCUUGUGGUCUUCGAUCGGCACUCAAGGAGACAGUGACAGCCCAGGCUCUUUAGAAUGUAUGCCCAAGUUACGUCCAGCUUUCUCCAGCCAAAUGCCCCCUGGCCUGACCGAUCUAAGCACCAGCACAACUUCAAUGACUGCCGGCAAGCUGCAAACAGAAAGAGAGCAGGUAAACGAGGAUCAGCCACCUGAUGCAGAGAUGGUCAUCAAUCAGUUAUGCAGUCAAGUUACAGGGCAGAUGCUGAAUGAUGCACGAUCAGAGAUACAGAUGGUAAAACAGGAUUUGGAGCAGAAAACAAAGAAGAUAGAGAAACUUGAAGAGGAGAAAAGUACUAUCCAGAAAAAUGCAGAACACCUACAGCAUCAACUGGAGGAGGCCAGACUGGAGCUGCAGAAAGCGACAGAGGUUCGUCAAACGGAGGAGAAGAGUGUGGGUGUCCACUUGGACACAGUAAUAGGUGACAGUUUUUUACAGCUGGCUCAGAAAAUGGAAGCAGUGAAAAAACAGAGAGAGAGUAAUCCAUGCAGUACUGCGGGGGAUCGCCUUUUGGAGUCAGUCACAGUGGUGGUGAAUAAUCGUGUUAUCAUGCCGUUUUCAUCAGAGAAACUUGAGGUGGCGUGGGAUUCCUACAGACAGAUUUUAAAGAAGCUUAGAGACUGUCAGACUAAGGGGGAGCUGGAGGACCUGAUGAAGAGCAGGAAUCAGGCUUGCAGCGUUCUCCUGACUGUUAUAAAUGACUUCCUUCUGGAGGUGGACAGUCUACCAAUUAGUGAGCGCCUGGAGAGUCUGAAGGAAGUUAGCUCAUCGCUGAAGGCAGUGUUCACUGCUGACAGUAAUGAUGAGGUCUCAGAAGUUGAGGAUCAGGCUUUUGAAAAAUUCUGUGAGUGGAAGAAUCAAAAACAUCAGAACUCUAGAAGUGUGCAGCACGAGACCGACAUGGCUCUGGGUGCUCUGAGUGACUGGGCAGCCAACACCAGCAAGUUUUUCAGCUUGACAGGGAAGGCUGAUGUGACCCUGGAGGCCAUUGCUGAGAAGGUGGAUGACAUCCUGAGGCAGGCUGAGUCCAGUGUGUGUGAGGAGUUGAAUAUUAAUCUCUCUGAACAUGGUGACCAGGAGAUGAAGCUCAUGUCAAAUGCUUUUCAUAAAGUGAUACAGCACAUUCAAAAAGAGCAGCUCCUACUGUGUGACAUCCAAGAGAAAUACAAAACAAAUAAAAAGUUUAAGCAGGAGAUGCUGCAGUGGCAGAACAGCACUCCAAAAGCAGAUGAGCUCUUGAGCAUAAAGAAACGAAUCAAGAGCUUACGUUCACAGCUGCGCUGGAAACUGGUGGAGGAAGGCUGUCUGGAAGAGGCUGAUGAGCUGGAUCUGCCUGAGAUUCUCAAGAAGAAAGAAGAGAUUGCUGAGACAAGGAACGCUCUAUUUCAGGAAAUUAGACACGAGAGAGAGGAAUAUAUAAAACUUUGUGAGCUGGUGAAAGGAAGUUUUCCUGAACUUGUGCAUCUUUACCCUGAAGCAGAAAUUAAUAGUUACUUGAGUUCUGAAGGUCUUUUACUGCAGAGCUUGGACAGAGACAUAUUUGAUGCUGAACCGAUGAGGGAGCUGAGUGGGCGGAGGCCUUUAGUCUGCACUGAAUUCCAGGGUCAAAAGGUGGUGCUUAAGAGCUACUCUGUGGAUGAGGAGUCGGAGGUGAGGAUGCUGGAGCAAGCAGCUCAAUACCACAGAGUUCAGAGUCAGAGCCCUUCCACUGUCGUGCCUCUGCUGGGACUCUUCUUUGGCAAGUCUGAUCCUCUGGCAUACAUCAUGGUGCCUUACUUCUCUAUUGGGAGCCUCAGGGCUGUGCAGAAAAUCAACCCAUUGAUGCCCCCUGACAGUCGGAAGGUGAUGAGAGGAGUGCUUCAGGGGCUACAAAGUCUGCAUGUAGCCGGGAUCACACAUGCCUCUCUAAACCCCAACAACGUGUUUGUCCUCAACCGAGAGCAAGGCAUUGUGGGAGAUUACGAUUUUACAAAAACGCCAGAGCAGAGGGCUGUGGACAGAGGCAUGCUGGCUGGCUCGAUCAGUCUAGUGGCUCCAGAAUUGAGACUGGGACAGCUGCCCUCCCCUGCCAGUGACAUGUAUGCAAUUGGAGGCCUCAUGCUGUGGCUUUAUGCUCCAGAUUGUAAAGCUGUGGAGAACGAGCAACAUGAGCUUGAGUUCACUGGAUUGCAACUGGAAAACAGACUCCAAAGCCUCCUCUCAAAGCUGCUGGUAUGUGCUGGAAGGUUAUCAGCUCUGGAAGCUCUGGAUGAUGACUACUUCCUCUCACUUAAAAACUGAAGAAAUUAGCGUUCAGAAAGGAUGCUAUGAGUCAAAGGAUUUUGGUUUGGUUUCAUUUACUUUUUUGAUGUUUCUGUUUAAGUAAACAAAAAGGAAGUUCAGCUAAAACAAGCAAGCAGUUCAUGCUUUUUUUGACUGUUUAAAAAAGAAAUGAAAUUAGAUGAUGAAAGUAA